AUGUCGUCACCACAUGUUCGCACCUCAGGCUUCAGCCUUCAUGUGACCAUAACAAUUGACCCGGCUAACAUUAGCGCCUUUCUUGCUGCUUUUCGACCUGUCUACGACGCUGUUGUUGCGGAACCAGAUUGCACUUACUUUGAGGUUUUCCACUCGCUGGAGGAACCUGGGGUUUUUCGUUUUGUGGAAAAUUGGAGCAAAGAUCCUCAGUGGUUCAAAGAGAACCAACUUACAAAAGCAUACUACAUCCCAUAUGUAGAGGCAACCGAACCAAUGUGGAUCAAACCAAGAUCACUCAAAUUCUUUGAAAGAUUCUCGGAAGAGUGGGUGACAUUGAAGCCCGGAAACUAUUAG